AUGAUUGAAACACCACAGGAAACAAUUAUGAUGCUCAAUGAAGAACAACGUUUUGCUCUUCAUUUAAUAACAAAUUCAAAAAAAUUAUCUUUUGAUCGUUAUGCCUAUUCACGUUAUAAAUAUGGUGAUAGUAAUCAAGCUAAACAAUUUGGACAAGAAUUAUGUACAGGUUUUCUAGAAAAAUAUCAUGAUUUUCUUCUUUCAUCAAAUCAACAAUUUAUGGCUAUAUCAUCACCACGUGGUAUUAUACCACCGGCUGCCUAUUAUAUAUUUCAAACAUUUUUAGAAAAAUUAAAUCGUUUUUUACAAUCAAAUGGACGUCCACCAGCAAUAGAACAUACAAUACAACGUUUAAGUACAAUACCAGAAGAUUAUUCAUUAUUAUCAAAAUGUGAACGUUUUGAUCGUUUAGUUGAUGAACGAUAUUCAAUUGAUAGUCAACCGGUGAUAAAUAAAUUUUUAUUAUUUAUUGAUGAUAUUCGUAUUACAGGUAUGCAUGAAAUGAAUAUUAUUCGUUUAUUAGAAACAUCACAAAUUUAUAAUUCACGUUUAUUUAUUUAUUAUGCACAAUUAAUAAAUGAUCAAGUACCAUCAUCAUUUGAACAUGAAUUAAAUCGAUGUGCAAUUGAUAAUCUUGAAACACUUCUACCAAUCAUACAUAAUCCAGUAUCAUCAUUUCAAAUAAAUACACGUUUAUUAAAAGAAAUUUUACGUUCAAAUUUAUCUGAACUUGAUCAUUUUUUAAAUUCAAUCAGUAUUGAUCUCGUGUCAAAACUUUAUUAUGCAUGUCUUGCAUGUAAUUAUCAAACAAUUGAAAUAUUUACUGAUAGUUUAAAUCAUAUGCAUCGUUGUCUUCAACAACGACAAAAUAUUGAUAAUAUAAAACAUUUAGAAUAA